AUGAGUGCUACCACGCUAUCGCCAACAACAGCCAGUCCCUCCAGCACCAUCAUCCCAGCUUGCACAACGCCUAAACCAGGGAAAAAUGGCUACCUGCCACCGGAGGCAUGCGACGUGAUUCUCUACUAUGUACCGUCGUUCGGUGCGGCUGUCUUCUUUUGUGUUCUAUAUGGAUUGUCGAUGAUUGCGCAUGGUGUGCAAGGGUUUAUGUAUAAGAAGAGAUAUACGUGGGUCAUCGUGAUGGGAGCACUAUGGGAGUUAUUCGCCUUCAUAUUUCGAUCGCUUCAAACGCGUCAACAGAAUAACGACAGUUGGGCCACCGCACACACCAUUCUUUUCCUUCUGGCCCCCCUCUGGAUCAAUGCGUUCCUGUACAUGACCAUCGGCCGUUUGAUCUACUUCUUCAUCCCCGACAAGCGUCUUGGCGGCAUCACCGCAAAGCGAUAUGGACAGUUGUUCGUUUGGCUAGAUAUUGUGGCAUUCCUUGUUCAGGCCGUCGGGGCUGUUAUGACGAGCAACACACAAGCUACCAAUGCUGAGAUUAUGCGCGGCGUGCACAUCUACAUGGGCGGGAUCGGCUUGCAGGAGCUCUUCAUUCUCAUCUUCAGCGGCCUGGCAAUCCAUCUACAUCGUCGCAUGCUUUCCAUGGAUCGUAUUCGCAUUGUCUUCCGUCUGGCUCAAUACGCCGACGGCACUAACCCCAACAACCCCGCCUUGACGCACGAGUGGUACGAGUAUGUCUGGGACGCCUUGCCGAUGUUUGUUGCUAUCGGGCUUCUCAAUAUAAUCCAUCCCGGGCGCGUAUUACAGGGACCGGACUCCGAGUUUCCCAAGCUGAGCCGCAAGGAGAAGAAACAGAGGAAACGGGACAAAAAGGAGGCUAAGAAAGCGUUGAAAGAAUUAAAGACCAAAGCGAAGCUAGGAAAUGGCGUCGAGUUCGAGCAACUGAGGAGCCAGGAAGAGGGAGAAUUUGGAUUCCAUAACAAUGACCUGCUAGAAUCCAAGGAGAGCAAACAAGCUCAAAAGCCCUGCGCAAGAAGGCGAUGUCGUCGACUUGGGAAAGAAUGCACGUAUCGUCAAGCGGGUCGCCGCUUUGAUGGAUUUCGAAAAGACAAACAAAUCGAGGCACUAGAGGCAAAAGUGAAUGAGUUGAUGGCUUAUCAGCCUCCCGUGGCAGGCUCGUCAGACACAUUUCACAAUGCUUCCUCCGGGCGACCGGGCGAGCUCACCGGUCAGGGGGAUGUCAUUGAUCAAGGGAUCCUGAGCAUGGAGACGGCCGACUACUUCUUGGAAGUCUUCAAGAGCCGGAUGGCCAUGCAUUUCCCAUUCGUAGUAAUACCACCAGGGACGGGAUCCAGUGAUCUUCGCCAAAAGAAACCCUUCCUCCUUCUGGCUGUUCUCGCAUCCUCCACAUAUGAGGACUUGCCAUUGCAACGGCGGCUGGGGAGGGACAUCAAGGACCAGAUAGCCAGCCGCAUGGUUAUAAACGGGGAGGUGUCCUUCGAAUUGCUGCAAGGCUUGCUAGUAUAUCUGGCAUGGUCACACUUCCACAAGAAACCACAUCGCUAUACGCAAAUUCUGCAGUUAGCCAUCGGCUUGAUGAUCGAACUCCGUUUGGACCGCCCCCAGCACACUAGAAAUGCCAAGACGGCCCUCCAGUGGAAGUCGAGUAAUUCCUCGGAUGAUCGGAUUUACACACGAAGGUCAUUGGGGCGUGACGAACAGCGAGCGGUGGCGGGAUGCUACCACCUGUCGUCGAUGAGUUCCAUACUGCUACAGAAACCGUCAAGCUUCCCAAACAUUUCUACCUACCUUGAGGACUGCUGUCACUCUCUGCAUGAGGCAAAUGAAUACCCAAAUGAUCGAUAUAUAGGCCACAUUACCCAGCUGCAGUUUCUAACGGAGAGAAUUGACCGCCUGGCGGUGUGUUAUGGAAUGAACGCCUUUAAACCGAGCUCGGUGACUGAUCUACAUGUUUCCAGUCUCCAAGAAGACCUCGAAUCCUUCAGGAGGCGACUCCCAUUCGAUUUGCAUGGUUAUCCUCUCUUAGCGAUACAGUUCCACGUGGCCGAACUCUGUCUAUGCCAGCUUAGCAUUGGAAGCAACUCUGAACAUCCCCCGGGCUUGGAUCGGCAGGAAGAACUGACAUUUGCGGGAUUGCAUGCAGCGGAGUCACUUUUCAGAAUGUACCUCUCACUCCCAUCAAACUAUGGGCUUGGACUCAACAACAGCCAGUGGAUUCAGAUGGGGUUUUCAUUGUUGGUGGCAUGUAAGCUUGUUCUUGCGACCGCGAAAGCUUCCCCCAAAACAGGUCGCUCCCAAAAGAUGCAAUGGUUAGAAACCAUGUCACGACUGCACGAUCAAGUAGGAUCUUUGUCUGCUGCACGGGUCGACAAUGAUCAUGAACGUGAUGUCUUCUACGACUUUUCUCAACGAGUCUCUCGAGUCAUGUCCUGGCUCGGAAAAGACCCACAGAGUCAAGGGUCGCAUCCCGAUGAAGCGGUUCAGCGCCCCCGGAAUUCAUUCAGCGGCGCUUCGAUAAUGGAGGCAGAAAAGCUACGAAAUGCCGACUCUGCUUCCUCCACAGAGCCUCCGUCAUUUGACUUGGGGUUUGACAUGGGCAGCGACAUUGACUUGACCCACGAUGCAUUUUUUGCAGCGGCAUUAGACCAAAUGAUGGAAAUGUAUUUCUCAUCCUCCAGCCUCAAUUUGCUUGCUUCUCUUUUGGUCCUGGCCCCCUCAGUAUUUUCAUUCACACCAUGUCCUCUCCUCGGUCCGGCCUUCCCUCCGUUUAAAUUGGACCCAAGCUCGAAAGACGUGAGCAAGGCCAUCAAAGAACUCAAGCACGAAUUGGACGAUCAAAUAAAGUCUGGCAAUGGAUCGCAUGGAAUCACUUAUUCCAACACCACCUCGUUCAGCUUAGCGCUGUUCUCCACGAACGAGGGAGCUGGCUCCGAUGGCCCGUUCUUUUACGACUACCAUUACACCGCUCCCUCGCUGCGGCAGUCCAAGCACUACCGCGCAGCUGAUGCGAACAGUGUAUACCGCAUCGGUGGGCUAAGUCAAAUAUUUACCGUAUGGACCUUACUGGCCACUGCCGACGAUGGUGUCCUGGAUGAUGCUGUGACGGAAUAUCUCCCUGAGCUUGAAAGCGCGAAGAGAGACGCAGCAGAACAUGCGGAUAGCUUUGUUGCAUGGGAAAGGGUGACUGUUGGACAAUUGGCUAGUCAUAUGGCGGGUAUUGCUAGAGACUCUUGUAUAAGCAGCCUGAAUGAUGAAAUAACCUCUGGUGCCGGUUUACCAAAGUCUCCUGCGUCAUAUACUACCUGCACUUCGGUUUCUGAAGAUGAUGCAAUUGCCCGACUGAUUCAACAGAAGCCGGCGGCCUUCCCUGACUCGACGCCCCUCUACUCCAACAUGGGAUUCGAGGUUCUGGGCUAUGUCAUUCAGAACAUUACGGGGCAGAACUUUGAAAAGGCCCUCCAGGACACGAUCCUCACCCCAUUGGCGUUGGACGACACUAGUCUUUUCCGGCCUUCGAAUUCCUCCAAGGGGAUUAUCCCGGUGAACAAGGAGACCAGUGGAUGGGCGAAUGAGUACACAGGAGCGGCACCUGCGAUUUCGAUGUUUUCCAGCACCAAAGACCUUUCGCUCGCCGGCAAGGCGAUCUUGAACUCGACACUGCUCUCUCACCUUCAAACCAGGCGCUGGCUUAAUCCGGCCUCACACACGUCCAACCCAGCCAACUCGCUCGGCUAUCCCUGGAUUAUUUACAGCAGCGUAAAGUAUCCCAACACCUCCAUGGUAGAUAUCUACACAUAUUACAGCGACGUGGGCCUGUAUAGUUCCUACCUGGGCAUUGUCCCCGAUUUCAACAUCGGAUUUGCCAUUCUCGCCGCCGAUAGUGUUGCCAGUCCGGACUUGAAUGCCCACGCUGACAUCAUUGGCGAUAUUUUCUUUGAAGCCAUGAUGAAGACAUCCGCGACCCAGGCAGCGAUGAACUUCGGCGGCCAUUACCGUGCUUCCAACAACAGGUCAUCGAUCACCAUCUCGGCCGAUGGUCUACCAGGGUUGUUUAUUGAGGACUUCGUGAGCCAAGGAGCAGACUUUCGAAAGACCCUCGCCUCGUUGACCGGAGUUCAAGACCCUGAUGACUUGAGCAUUCGCCUGUACCCGACCGGCUUGACUUUGCCGAGCGAGUCCGGCUCCAGGCAGACCUUCCGUGCGAUUUUCCAAGACAAGACCGAAUUGGCAGACAACGGGACUCCUACGUGCGUGUCCUGGACCGACGUGGGCAAACUGAAGUUCAACCAGGCUUCUCUGGACGAGUUUGUUUUCGAGGUCAACGGCGAUGGCGAAGCAAUCGGCGUGGAGAUUCCCGCACUGGGGGUGACUCUGAAGAAGAAAUAG